ACUGGCCUUUUACUCCUAAUUUUAAAUAACGCAAAGAGUAAUUAACCACAUUUAGAAUCGCCUUUUUGGCUUCUGAUUGGAAGCAAAGCAAGUAUCCGAUGGAGAUGUUACGAGUACGGCGUACAGUACGGUUUGAUUUGAAAAUACAUAUACUUUUACUGCAAGUUUCUAUAUGUAUAUUUAAAUAUAAGAAAACAAUUCGACACUGUGACAAAGUAAGCUGGCAAAACGAAAUUCCAUAAAACCACUUUUUUUUGUAAUACAAAUUAAGGCUGUCAUGGAAACUGUUUGGCAAGACUUGAGACUUACAACGCGGAAGUUGACUGGAUAUUGCCUGAUUUCUGAUAGAUAUGACAUCUCUGUCCUUGCUGAUAAACAUCCAGAAGAUAAAACCUACCAAAACAAAGUACAGGAUCUAAGCAAGAGGUAUACUGGCAUUCGGAAAGUAGAAGGGGAUGGCAACUGCUUUUACAGAGCACUGGGAUUUGCUUACCUUGAGUCCAUUACUGGGCAUAAACAAGAAAUUAAAAAGUUUAAGGAUAUUGCAUUGCACAGUAAAGAUGAACUGUUAUCUGCUGGUUUUGAGGAGACCUCAUUUUGUAGUACCUUCAGUAAUUUUUUAAAAGCUGUGUCUUUGGUGGAAACUGAGAACUGUACUGCCAGCCUCCUAAAUCUGUUCAACGAUCGUUGUCAGUCAGACAGCAUUGUUCAGUAUCUUCGACUGCUAACAUCUGCUUACUUAAAGAACCAGACAGAGUUCUUUCAGUAUUUCCUUGAAAAUGGAACAAGUAUCAAUACUUUUUGUGCUCAGGAGGUAGAGCCUAUGAACAAAGAAUGUGAUCAUAUUCAGAUUACUGCACUGUCUGAAGCACUCAGGAUACCAGUACAAGUGGAAUAUAUGGACACAUCUGACAAUGUAAUCAAUCAUCAUACAUUCCCUGAAGGUGCAACACCCUUAGUUUACCUAUUGUAUAAAUCAUCUCAUUACGAAAUCUUGUAUGUAUCUGAUAAAGGAGGCUGAGUCGCUGGAGGAAAACAGUUUCUUUUGCUUGAAUUUCUACUUGCAUUCUAGAGCUUUUUCACAUUACAGAUUAUAAAAACAAA